AUGUUGACCCCUCUCCGAGAUGCCUCGUCGCAUCUGCCAAUGUUCUUCUCACACCUCCGAAAUCUCACCUACCCUCACAACCUCAUUGAUCUAGCGUUCCUGGUGUCGGACUCGAAGGAUGAUACGUUGGGAAUGCUGACGCGUAUGCUCGAGGAGGUCCAAAAUGAUCCUGAUCCCAAGAUGACGUUUGGAGAAAUUUCGGUCAUCCAAAAGGAUUUUGGGCAGAAGGUGCAGCAGGAUGUGGAAAGUAGACAUGGAUUUGCUGCACAGGCGGGACGGAGAAAACUGAUGGCCCAGGCGAGGAAUUGGCUGCUGAGUGCUACUCUACGUCCGACACACAGCUGGGUUUACUGGAGAGACGCCGAUGUUGAGACUGCUCCUCGCACUAUCCUGGAGGACUUGAUGCGACAUGACAAGGAUGUCAUUGUACCGAAUGUCUGGCGACCACUCCCUGACUGGUUGGGUGGGGAACAGCCCUAUGACUUGAACUCAUGGCAAGAGUCGGAGACGGCUUUGGCUCUGGCUGAAACAUUGGACGAGGAUGCAGUGAUUGUAGAGGGAUAUGCGGAGUAUGCUACUUGGCGGCCUCACCUUGCCUACCUUCGCGAUCCGUUUGGAGACCCCGACAUGGAGAUGGAGCUGGAUGGUGUCGGAGGUGUCAGUAUCCUAGCCAAGGCAAAAGUGUUUCGCUCUGGAGUUCAUUUUCCCGCUUUCAGUUUCGAGAAGCACGCUGAAACUGAAGCGUUUGGGAAAAUGGCUAAGCGCAUGGGAUUCUCGGUCAUCGGUCUUCCUCACUACACGAUCUGGCACCUUUACGAACCUAGUGUAGACGACCUUCGACACAUGGAAGAAAUGGAGCAGGAGCGGAAGGCUAGGGAGAGGGAAGAGAAGGAGCAAGCCGAACGAGCUGAGCGCAUGAAGGCCCUCUUCAUGGAACCCGGGCCGCAAUGGGAGAUCGACAAAGCCUUCGUGCAGGAUUCAAUUCAAGCUGAGAAUCAGCAGGCAGGCCAGACCAAGGCCGACGGAGUGACAGGGGCAGCAGAGGUUAAAGACGUGCAGGGUUCUGCAAGUCCCCCUGUCGCUGCUUCACCAAAGCCAAGUGUCAAUGCCGCGCCAGUCGUGCGAGGAAGCCCCGGGGAGGCAGAGCGGAGCGUCUUAAAGGCUUCCGACCUUGAUUGA